AGAUCACCCUUGUUCACCUACUAAGAAAAAUGAUGGAUAGUCGAUUUAAUAGCCAUUUCUUUUACAGCUAUGGCUCAAAGUCUGAGACACAGUAUAGUACCCAGCAAAGCCAACCAAGUUACAGCCACUCGACUUCGUAUCAUCCACCUCAUGACAAUUAUGGCCAACAGAGCUCAGGAGAUGACUAUGAACAGGAUAGACCUGGCAGGAGUAAAUUCGGUGAUGACAACCGGAACUUUGGCAGACCGCAGGGUAAUGGAGGUAGAGGUCGUGGAGGAUAUGGUCAUGGUGGCUUUGACAGUGAUGGUAGAGGGGGACGUGGUAGAAUGGGUGGUGGCGAUCGUGGUGGCUUCAAUAAUUUUGGUGACUCGAGAGAUCGUGGGCAAGGACCUAAUCCUGCUUCUGACGACAAUUCUGAUAACAACACCAUUUUUGUCCAGGGUCUUGGAGAUGAUGUGACAACUGAACAAGUUGCCGAUUUCUUUAAACAGAUCGGCGUGAUUAAGAUUAAUAAGAAAACUGGAAAUGCUAUGAUCAACCUCUAUACUGACAAAGUUACAGGCAAACUAAAAGGUGAAGCAACGGUGUCUUUUGAUGACCCGCCAUCAGCAAAAGCUGCAAUUGAUUGGUUUGAUGGAAAGGAUUUCCAUGGAAACAUAAUAAAAGUUUCCUUCGCGACUAGACGAUCAGAGUUCGUACGAGGUGGUAGAGGUGGUCGUGGAGGUCAGAUGGGCCGAGGUCGUGGCUUUCAAGGUGGUGGUGGUCCAAGAGGUGAAGAUUGGACUUGCCCAAAUCUAUCAUGUGGUAAUGUCAACUUUGCUUGGAGAAAUGAAUGUAACCAGUGCAAAACUCCUAGAUCUGAUGGUGGUGGUGGUGGUGAACAUCAUGGAAGAGGUGGCUUCAGAGGUCGUGGUGGAUUCCGUGGAGGCAGAGGUGGAGAUCGUGGCUUUGGUUCUGGUAAAAUGGGAGGCGGAAGAAGUGAUCACAGAUCAGAUCGACGUGACAGGCCUUACUGAAAGCAUGCUGGGAACAAGAAUUUUUUUUUUUGCUUUAGUGGUGCUUUAACAUUGAUGCAAUGUAAUGUACUUUUUCACAGUGUAUUUGAAGACAAAGAUUAAAAUGAAUUUUUAAUAAA